AUGGAUGAAGUCGACACAUCAGAUAAUGAAAAUGAAGAGAUUUCUCUAGCUGGACACACUUCUAAUAAUCAUGAUGUUGAAUAUCAUAAAAAACAAGACACCAAGGCUAAACAAAUAGACUUAGACACUGCAAUAAAUGCAAAUUUUUCCACAAGCAGGCCUCGAGAUUCUUUGCUUUUUGAAGCAACAUUAAGGUCUGAAUUAUUUGUACAGUUAGGGAAAAGAGCUAAGAAGGGUAAUAUUCAUGGCACUGUCCCAUUGAUUAAUGCAGAAAACAGUGAUCUCAAAGGAAAUGAAAGAAAAGAAAGGGACGCUCAUAUGGAUUUCAAGGAGAUUCAAUGUCAGCAAAAUAUUGGUGCAAAUAUUGUGAAUAACAUUUGCAGUGAUGGUUUAGGUGAUCAAGGAGAUAUGCCUAUUCAAAAAGUACCGUUGCUUUGGUUUAAUGAUUUUAAGGCUAAAUUCAAGUGGCUUGCAAAUGAUGAAGCUAACAUUAAAAAGAGCUUUAAUAGUAGGGGGUCUUUGGCAUUAAAAAAUGCCUUGUUCAAGGUGCGUAGUGGUGAUGAUAAAGGUGAAUGGGUUGGUGUAGACAACUUGAAACAAUUGGAGGUUAAAUGGAAAGAAGAGAAAUGGCAAAAAAAUUCUAUGACUAAUAAACAAAAUAGGCAGUCUAAAGUUGGGCACAAUGUGCAUAGUGGAGGAUCCAUAUCUGCUAGAGUGCAUAGCAAAAAAAUGAGAGUGGAAUUGGAUAGGGAACCAACAUGGUUUGAGAUUUACGACAAACUUCAUAGACCAAAAGGGAAACCAGAUGGGUGGUUUAAUGAAACACAAGCUAGGAUAGCUGAAAUGUACCAAACUCAAAUGUUUGAGAAACACUCUCAAAGUGGUGAGAUUAGUAGUCAACAACCUACUGAAGAAAUUCACAAUGAUAUUUAUAUGGAAAUUGUUGGAGGCAUUAACAAGAAGGGGCACAUAUUUGGAUUAGGAUCUCAAGCUGUUGUUGUCAAAGAAUCGUUGAGACCAUCACGCUCAAUUUCUACCGAUGUACCUUCUUCUAAAGAAGUUGCUGCUAUGGAGGCUAAGAUUGAAGCAUUAACCGCUGAACUUGAAAAGAAAAAUCUUGAACAAGAAACGCUAAAACAGAAGAUGGAGCGCUUGGAGCAAAUGAUUGGGAAUAUUGUGCCUAAUAUGAACACUUCAAUUAUGCCGGAAGGAGAAGGUGAUAAUGGUGACAACUAGAUAGAUGAACUUUAGCUUGGUUGCUUUUAUUUUGGUAUCUUUUGUUAGAUCAAACAUAUCAUGGUCUUUUAUAUUUUAGACAACUUUAUGUUGGUAACUACUAAGUGGAUUGAUGGUAAACUUAUCUUGGUAACUACUAGGUGGAUUGAUGAUAAACUUUAGUUUAGUUACCUUUAAUAUUUUGUGAUAAUAUUUUGUUUUUAUGAA